AUGAACCAGAGUGCCCUUCGCAGGAUAGAGCAGAUCGUGCCGCGCGUGAAUCUUGCCGAGCCGCGGGAGAAGCCGCUCAGGGACCGCCCCCUCGUGCUCGACGACUCGCAGCCCAAUGCGCCAGACAGGCAUCGCUACGUCACAGACCUUAACGUCGAGUACCACGAGGAGGACCUCUCCGCCGACCUCUUUCUGGCCAAGUACACGCAGGGCUUGCACACACUCGAGAACCAGGGCUACGUCGAUAUCACCUCGCUCGCCUACUGGAAGCCCUCCUCCUUCAAGGCCGGCUACCCCAUCGAAAACGCCCUCGAUGAUAACCCCGCCACCUUCUGGCAAAGCGACGGCUCCCAGCCACACACCAUAGACGUCUUCUUCAGCAAGCGCGUUGACAUCAUCCAGCUUGCCAUGUACUUCUCGCUCUUCGUCGAUGAGUCCUACACCUCGGAGACGCUCCGCAUCUACGCUGGCCACAGCCCCUCCGACGCAACCUACUACAAGACCCUAGAAGUCCGCAACGUCAAUGGCUGGGUCAAGUUCACCUUCGAGGACAACCGACCCUCCGACGGCCUGCUCAAGUGCCAGUUUUUGCGCAUCGAGGUCGUGACUAACCACGAGAACGGCAAAGACACCCACCUACGUGGCAUCCGCAUGUUUGGCCCAGGCGAGUCCUUGGUCAACAUCGCCGACGCUGCCAUAUUCGAAGGGUUCCACAGCAUUGAGUUCCUCUCCCAGUCCCGGAUACGAUGA